AUGCGCGUGUUCGUGAGGGGGCUGGACGGCGGCACCAUGGCUGCGGAUGUGGGAGGCGCAGAGCACGACGGAGGAGGCUCCGUACAACAGCUACGGACCGCCGUGCAGGCGCGCCUGGGCAUACCGGUUGAGGAGCAAAUCCUGACUACCCUCGGGGGCCGGCCGCUACGGUCGCACGGCGGGAGCCUAUACGAACAAGGCGUAAGGCAGAACGACACGUUGGAGCUGUCGGUGCGGCUGGUCGGUGGGCAGCCUGUCAAGGUGAAGCUGUUGACCCCCACACCCAAAGCGGCGGCCGGCUCCGAGGUGACAAUCGACCUGGAGUCCGACACGCCCAUGCAUGUGGUGAAGACCCGGCUGGCCGCUGCCACGGGUUUGGAUGUCCGGCACCAGCGGGUGAUGCUGGCGGGCAUUGGGGCCAUGGUACUGCUGGAUAAGCG